AGAGAGAGAGAGAGAGAGAGCAAUUAGGAAGCGAAUUGGCGAAGGAAAUGAGGGAGCUCUAUCGAUUCUGAAAAACUCAGAAAGCCCAGCACGAGGAACAAAAGUAGGAGGAAGGGUGAGCGAAUCCGAAGAUCAUUUGUUUGCUCGAGAAAGGAAGAUUGGAAAAGGAGGCAAGGGCGGGAGAAGAGAGGUGAAAGGGGGGAAAACACAAGGAGGAGGAAGAGGGAGAGGCAAGGGAGGAAGAAGAAGAUGCAGGAGGUGAUCCUCCACGUCUAUGACGUGACCAAUAGUGCCAACGCCAAGACCAAUAACACCAUCCUCCAGAUCAACAGGAUCUUCAAGGACGGCAUCGGCCUCGGCGGCAUCUUCCACAGCGCCGUCCAGGUGUAUGGUAAGGAAGAAUGGUCAUUUGGAUUCUGUGAACAUGGUUCUGGAGUGUUCAGUUGCCCACCUUGCAGAAAUCCUAUGUACACCUAUCGUGAAAGUAUUGUCUUGGGUGAGACAAAUUUGUCUAUCUCUGAGGUAAAGCGGAUUCUGAAGGAACUCAGCCAGGAGUGGCCUGGAUAUUCAUAUGACCUUUUGUCUAGAAACUGCAACCAUUUCUGUGAUCAGUUCUGUGAAAAGCUUGGUGUGCCAAAGCUUCCAGCUUGGGUCAAUCGGUUUGCAAAUGCUGGUGACACUGCCAUGGAAGUUGCAGGGAACACAGCAUUACGUCUGAAGCAAGCUAAGACCGAGAUCAUAUCUGCUAGCAAAGCUGCAUACAGAUUUCUUUCAGGUGUUUCUUCGAAUGCAGCAAUGACGCCCGAGUCUGGAGGCACCACUGGGCAGGUCACCCCGCGGUUUCAAGCCACUUGGUUCCGAAACCUGCUUACUUCUGGUGCAAAACCAUCAGCAAGUUCCGAAUUUGCUGACCAGGCUGAUGAGAAGCAGCAAGAAGUAGAACCACAACCUGGGAAGGCGAGAUUAUUGGGAGAACCAGCGGAGCAGAGAAAAGAAGGUUCCCAGGACGAAGCCCAGCAUUCUAAGUGAGUGCUAUAUGUACUUAGCGGAAAUUGUAUCAGUCACACGGAAAUCAUAUUGGACGGCCGUGAAGCAAAAGAACAGACAUAUAUUCAUUCAUGCACUGUAGAAUUUGUUUACACUACGCAAGAAUUUGAAAUUACAAGAUAUGGUACA